UCACCUGCGGUGCCCCCCUGAUUUUGGGGAUCCCGAAGCGUGACAGAAGGGGUGUCCCCAACCCCACGUGACCCCUGGGGGGGAUUUCGGGGACCCCUUCCUGUGUCCCCACGCGGGGAUUUCGAUGUCCGCCCUGUCACUGCCGGCGCACCGCGCUCGGAAUUCCUCUACCUGGCAACCGAUGACGUAACAGGAACGGAGCCUUCCUAUUGGCUGUCGCGCAGUUGGGGACACGGGUGGGUCCCAGCGCUGCCACCCGUGGGGACACUGGGGACACUGGGGACACGGAGGGGCCAUGGGUCACAUCGUGGCCGCGCUGCUCUGGGCGGUUUGGGUCGCUGUCGCCGUCGGGGACCCCGUCCCGGACCCUCCCUCCCACCUCCUCUCCGAGGUCCUCACCUGCCAGCCCGACCCUCCCUCCUUGUCCCUCUCGGUCACCCUGGACGGCCGCGCCCUUUUCUGGUUCGAUUUCCCGGGAUCUCGCUGGAAUCCCGGGAUUCCCUCCCUGCCCCGCUGGCCCCCGGAGCUGGAGUCUCCCCAGGACAUCCUCCCGGAAUCCCAGCUCUGCCGGGAAAUCCUGGGAAUCCUCGGCCACCAUCUCACCGGCCGCCUGCCCGAGGCCAAGGGAGUCCCGAUCCUCUCGCUAUUCCCGGCGCUGCCGCCGCUUUCGGGCGAACCCAACACCUUGGUGUGCCUGGUGGAGAACGUUUUCCCACCCGUGCUGGACAUCACCUGGUCAGUGGCCGGAGCCACGGUCACUCACGGGGUCACUCACGGCCCCUUUGUCCCCACGAGUGACCUCACUUUUAUCCGCAUCUCCCGAAUUUCCGUCGUCCCCCAACCCGGAGCCGUCUACACCUGCACGGUCACCUCGCACAAGGACAACGCCACCAUGGUGGCCUAUUGGGUGGCUCCAGACACGGCGCUGGACGAGCAGCUGGGCACGGUUCUGGCCGGAGCCGCGCUGGCCCUGGGCAUCGUCCUGGCCCUGCUGGGGGCCACGCUGGCCCUGAUGGCCCGAAGGGACAGGAACGGUACGGGGAUAAUCCCAGUUUGGGCCUGGUUCUAG